GGUGUCAGAGCCUCAGUCCAUGCUGACAUUUGGUCAUAACUCACGGGAGGCAGUCGCCAAGACUCCACCUCAUCGGCCCAGAUGGGCUGCUGAGGAUUGCCUUGUACCACAUGUACAACAUAAUUCAUUCUUCUCGGAGAAUCCAUACUUUUGCCCGGGUGGAGAUAAACCCAAAGUCCAAAUACCCUACAAAACCCGUCCUGGCUCCAUCCCCCGCAAAUUAGCGAUAGAGAGAUGUCGAAGGGAAUACUUACAUUUACAUGUUGAAGAGCUCCUGGCAGAAAAGGGCAUAGAUUCUGAUCUCUUAUUGCCAAGACCAUUGAAAAAUAACACCAUACCAGACGGUCCUAUUUCGCUGUUCCUCCCACUGGAGCUGUUUGACAAUGAAGAAUAUGACUGCCGGACUCCAGAAGACUGGCUUGCUUUGGGCAAUGCUGAAGGAUCACCUGAUCGAAAACCUAUUCCUGGAAAAGCCCUGCUACCUACAGAUGAUGAAAUUGCAAAUGAUGAGUCUGCAAGCGCGAGCCCACCUCCGAAGUACAGCUGGCAUUUAGUUGGAAUUCUUGAUUACUGUACGGAGAAAUGUCAGUAUCUGGUAGAGAAGGUCCACCAGACAGACAAAAAAGGAAGUCCUGAUAUAAGUGAAGAGCAUAAGGAGAGUAAAUCCCCUGAAACAGACUCUUUCAUAGCAGGCAGUAAGUACUGGAUACCCAGGAUCAGACUGUUAUUCUGUGCUGAAGACCCACGUGUCUUUGUUGAGCGGGUCGGGUUUGCCCUGCGCUACAGAGAGGAAACAGAGGCACUUAUUUUCUACCACUUUUCAGUGGACUGCAUGCCCAUCUCUAGGAAAACACCGUCUCUCAAUACUGAUAGUCUCCAGAGUAUCAAACGACGUGCCCUCUCAGCUCCUGGCCUUAAGCUGAAAAAUUUAGAGACGUGUGUUGCAGGCUUGGAGAAUGAGGUCAGACUGGAUUAUGACCGUACAAUGAACCGCUUGAUUUUUGACAAAGUAGUGAUGAGCUGCCCUGAAGACCUUUCACAUAUCACCCUGCCACAGAAGGACCCUGAAUAUGUGCCCUCACAAGGGUGUGUUCCGGUUCCUUACUCUGCCUAUGAGGCAAAUCGAGCUGCAUUUAUUUUCAAGUCCAUGCAAACUAGGCCAGAGCUGAUCUGUGUGCUUUCUGAAAUGUGGCAUGAGUGCAAAAAAGUAGAAAACAUGAGGCUGUUCAACUUGAUGUUGGGUAAACCACUUCCAUUGGAUCAAUUUGAACUUGACCAGUCUCAGACGCAUACUCAGAUAACCCUGUUUCUUAGAGAUAACUGGACCAGCACACUGUGCAACAGCAUCCGGUACAACCUUGCGAAUAUGGGCAAGGGAACAUACAACAUAAACGAGACUUGCUGGGAGACUUACAAGGUUUCUAAGCUGUCUAAACUCCUCAAUCUGGUGCAUUACAACAUGCAGGACUCCCUCCGUGUCCUUGUGAAGAACUCACUGGUCAGCCUGACCAAGGUCGUGAUGGAUGCCUGCCACAAUGUCCUGAUGUGUCCUCAGGACUUUGUCUGGGGGAAUGACCUAAUCACUAGCCACUACAAGCCAAAGAAGAAUCCUAUUUUCCUGGUGGACCUGGUUCUGGAUGAGAGUGGGGUUCAUUACAGCACCCCCUUGGAGAAUUUUUCAGCAUCUACAGUGAACCUGUUUGAUAACAGCAUUAUGUGCACACGUAGUGUGCCUCUGCUUAAUAGGUUUGUGUUGCAGAAGUUAUUUAUGGUUGGGGAGCCUUUACUUGAGUCAGUGCAUUUGGAGGAACCACAAAUAACCGAGCUGAGGGAGAACAUCCGUAAUGUUCUAAUACAAGCAACCAUACCUCUCAGGGCUUAUGCUGCUGAGUAUGAGAAGUACUUAGAGCUGCACAAUUUGGACAUACAAGCUUACAUUCUCACAUCUUGUGGUGCAGAAAUGACAUCCCAAGAACUGAAAAAAGAGGUGCAGCAGCAUCUCAAAGAAAAGAGAAUAAUUGAACAGUCCUUGCCAUCCUCCCUAGUGAUUGGUCCAUUUCAUGUUUGUGUUAACGGGGUACGCAAGUCUCUCUCAGAAAAGAGAAAGGAGUUAGCCACAGCACUACUAGACCACCUUGCUCUGAAGCUACGUAUUCAGGUUGACCAGGCAUGUGAAGAAUGUGAAAUUAUUAACAGAAAGCUACGUGAGAAACCCUUUGGCAUCGAGGAACUGAGUGAAAAGAGGCAGUGGAUGAAACAAAUCCCAGAACAGCUUAAGAGUUACAAGGAACAUCUUGCCAAGACCUUGUCAGACUACGAGCUCAUAGAAGAAUUUUUCCACUCUCUUCCCAACAAUGAUGUCAACAAAAAGUGGAAAGCCAUUGAAUGGCCACAAAAGAUAAUCAACCAAAUGGAACCAGUAGCCACCCAGCACUUGGAGGAUGAGGAGUGCUUCCGCAAGAUCCAUCUAACUGAGCAGAGCAACUUUGAGGAGCAUUUAGCUAAUCUACAGAUGAUUGUUGCUAGGUUUGCGAGCCAUGGAGACAUUGAUCAUGCCCAUGAGAUGGCCAACAAGGUCAGGCAGACAAGCAAGCAACUUAAGGAGUGCCAAACUAUGGCCCAAAUUUACAACAACAGGGAACGCUUGUUCGGCAUGACAGUCACAAAUUAUGACCGUGUGCAGAAGCUUGUAAAAGACUUCCAGCCUUAUAGAGAUUUAUGGACCACCACCUCUGAUUGGCUGCGCUGGAGUGAAAGCUGGUUCUGUGACCCACUGUCUUCCAUUGAUCCUGAGCAGGUUGAGCACAUUGUCACUGAAGCCUACAAGACCAUCCACAAAUGUAUUAAACAGUUCAACGACAUUCCUGACUGCCAAAUGGUGGCAAAUCUAAUUCUCAGCAAGAUUGAGGACUUCCGUCCUUACGUCCCUCUAAUUCAGGGACUAAGGAACCCAGGGAUGAAGAGCCGCCACUGGGAGAUGCUUUCAGAACGCACUCAAAUUAAAGUCAUGCCUAAAGCCAACUUGACCCUGUCUCACUGCCUGGAGCUUGGCCUACAGAACUACGUGGAUGACAUAGCUCAAGUGGCCGAGGUGGCUGGGAAAGAAUACUCUAUUGAACAGGCCCUGGAAAAGAUGGAAAAAGAGUGGUCCACAGUAGUCAUUGAUGUUUUGCCCUACAAGAACACAGGAACUUACAUUUUAACGAGCCCAGAUGAAGUGUCUCAGUUGCUCGAUGACCACAUUGUCAUGACACAGAGCAUGUCCUUGUCCCCCUUCAAAAAAACAUUUGAGGCACGAAUCAACUCCUGGGAAAGCAAGCUCAGAAUGACUCAGGAUGUACUGGAGGAGUGGCUGAUGUGCCAGCGUUCGUGGCUGUACCUAGAACCCAUAUUCAGUUCUGAUGACAUCAAUCAGCAGCUGCCUACAGAAGGAAAAAGAUACCAGCAAAUGGAGCAAAAUUGGAGGAGUAUUAUGAAAAGUGCCUUUAAUAAUCGAAAGGUGAUCAAUCUGUUUCCAGAUGCUCAUCUACUAACGCAACUUAAGAAUUGUAACGGACUUUUGGAACAGGUGCAGAAGGGUCUCAGUGAGUACUUGGAAACAAAACGAAGUUUAUUCCCCAGGUUUUACUUCCUGUCAGAUGAUGAGCUCCUGGAGAUUCUGUCCCAAACCAAAGAUCCCACUGCAGUUCAGCCACACCUGCGUAAAUGCUUCGAGAAUAUUGCACAGCUUCAGUUUCAGUCAGACCUGCAGAUCACACACAUGUACUCUGGAGAAGGGGAACAGGUAAAACUGUUCUUUCCAGUUUGUCCUACUGGUAAUGUGGAGGACUGGCUGAGGGAUGUGGAGAAGUCUAUGAAAGCUACUUUAAGAGAUAACAUUGACCGGUCACUCAAAGACUACCAUGAGCAACCACGUGUAGAGUGGGUGUUAUCAUGGCCUGGUCAAGUGGUGAUAGCAGGCUGUCAGGUUUUCUGGACCGCUGAGUUGUCAGACGCUUUGGAGCAGAGAAACUUAGCCACUCAUCUUUAUCCCCAACUACAGACACAGUUGGGGGACUUGGUGAAGCUUGUGCGAGGACAGCUCUCCAAGAUGCAGCGAGCUGUGCUGUCUGCCCUUAUUGUCAUAGAAGUCCAUGCUAAAGAUGUAGCAGCCAAAAUGGUGGAGCAGGAGGUCUCAAGCAUCAAUGACUUUGAGUGGAUCAGCCAGCUAAGAUACUACUGGGCAAAAGGUGAUUUGUACAUCCGCGCAGUGAAUGCAGAAUUCCUGUAUGGCUACGAGUACCUUGGUAACUCUGGGCGGCUGGUCAUCACUCCACUCACUGACAGAUGCUACUUGACCCUGACAGGAGCUCUGCACCUGAAGUUUGGAGGGGCACCCGCAGGUCCAGCAGGCACAGGAAAGACAGAAACAACUAAAGACCUUGGAAAGGCUCUGGCGAUCCAGACGGUAGUUUUCAACUGUUCUGAUCAGCUGGACUUUAUUGCAAUGGGCAAAUUUCUCAAAGGACUGGCCAGCUCUGGUGCCUGGGCCUGCUUUGAUGAGUUUAAUCGUAUUGAUGUUGAAGUGUUGUCCGUGGUGGCGCAGCAGAUCACCACUAUACAAAAGGCCCAGCAGCAACGGGCAGAGAGGUUUGUGUUCGAGGGGGUAGAGAUCCCUCUUGUCCCCUCUUGCGCGGUAUUCAUCACUAUGAAUCCUGGUUAUGCUGGCCGCACAGAACUGCCUGACAAUCUCAAGGCCCUGUUUCGUCCCGUGGCCAUGAUGGUCCCUAACUAUGCGAUGAUAGCUGAGAUCUCCCUAUACUCAUUUGGCUUCAGUGAUGCCAAAGUUCUCUCCAACAAGAUCACAACAACUUUCAAACUCUCCUCUGAACAGCUGAGCUCUCAGGAUCAUUAUGAUUUUGGUAUGAGAGCUGUUAAGACUGUGAUCUCAGCUGCUGGAAACCUAAAAAGGGAAAAUCCGAACAUGAACGAGGAGCUGAUUUGUCUUCGGGCCAUUCAAGAUGUCAAUGUACCAAAGUUUUUACAGGACGACCUGAAGCUCUUCAAUGGCAUCGUGUCUGAUCUUUUUCCCAAGAUAAAACAGGAGCCGAUCAAUUAUGGCACACUGGAAGAGUCCAUUCGUAAUGUCUGCACUGCGAAGAACCUCAAAGAUGUCGAUGGGUAUAUUAAUAAGUGUAUUCAGCUGUAUGAAACCACUGUGGUGAGACAUGGCCUGAUGUUGGUGGGACCUUCUGGAUCAGGGAAAACCAAAUGUUAUGAGAUUCUAGGUGCAGCAAUAACAGCUCUGGAGGGCCAGCCCUCUGUGAGCGGUGGUGUUUACGAGGCUGUUCAAACAUAUGUCCUCAACCCAAAGUCAAUUACCAUGGGACAACUUUAUGGAGAGUAUGACCUGCUCACACAUGAGUGGACAGACGGUAUCCUCUCGUGUCUUAUUCGCCAAGGCGUAGCAUCUAUGGACCAGAAGAAAAAGUGGUACAUGUUUGACGGGCCAGUGGAUGCUGUGUGGAUUGAGAACUUGAACACUGUCCUGGAUGACAACAAAAAGCUUUGUCUCAGCUCUGGCGAAAUCAUUAAGCUCACCGACGUAAUGACCAUGAUGUUUGAGGUGCAGGACCUGGCAGUUGCGUCUCCAGCUACAGUGUCUCGCUGUGGUAUGGUUUACUUGGAGCCAAGUAUUCUGGGACUCACCCCUUUCACAGAGUGCUGGCUGAGGCAGAUUCCUAAAGCCCUGAAACCAUACAAAGAGAUGCUCAGCUCUCUGUUUGACAGGUUUCUGCAGGACUCCAUUACAUUUGUCCGCACUUCAGUAAAGGAGGUCAUCGCAUCUCUGGACAGCAACCUUACCUGUAGUCUGCUUAAAAUGAUGGAUUGCUUCUUCACUCCCUUCAAUAUUAAAGAGGGUGAGAGGCCACCACCUCAAGCGAAAUUGGACCAUCUAAAGGAGCUGAUUGAGCCCUGGUUCUUUUUCUGUCUGGUGUGGAGUGUAGGAGCCACAGGAGAUGCAGCUAGUUGCCAGCGCUUCAGUGCGUGGCUCAGAAGCAAAAUGGGAGAAGAGAGGAUCAACUUGUGUUUUCCAGAAGAAGGCUCAGUGUAUGACUACAGACUUGAUGAUGGAAUAAGGAAUCAGGAUGGUGACGAUGAAGAUGAGGGAGGAAAAGUCCAGUGGGUCAGCUGGAUGAAGUAUGCAGAGAGUGUAGUAAUCACCCCAGAAACAAAUUUUUCAGACAUUAUUGUUCCAACUGCAGACACAGUGAGAAUGUCUUUCCUGUUGGAUAUGCUUUUAACCAACAAGAAACCUGUGCUCUGUAUUGGGCCAACUGGCACAGGAAAGACCCUGACCAUGUCAAAUAAGUUGCUAAAUAGCAUGUCUGCUGAGUAUAUCACACACUUCCUCAUGUUCUCUGCCCGCACUUCAGCCAAUCAGACUCAAGAUUUCAUUGACAGCAAAGUAGACAAAAGGUGGAAAGGUAUGUUUGGACCUCCAAUAGGGAAGUACUUUGUAUUUUUCAUCGAUGACCUAAACAUGCCCAUGUUGGAGACCUAUGGGGCUCAGCCUCCCAUUGAACUGCUGAGGCAGUGGAUGGACCACGGAGGCUGGUACGACAGGACUCAGAUAGGGACUUUCAGGCAACUAGUGGAUAUCAAUUUUGCCUGUGCCAUGGGACCCCCAGGUGGAGGGCGAAACCCGAUAACUCAGCGCCUCACACGUCACUUCAACUUCUUGUCGUUUACUGAACUGGAUGAUGCCAGCAAGAAAAACAUUUUUUCUACCAUUCUAGGAAGUUGGAUGGCACCCGUACCAACAAUCCAGCCACUGAAUGAGUCUCUUGUAGAUGCCACUAUCCGAGUCUACUCUACCAUUACCUCCCAGUUGCUCCCAACUCCAGCCAAAUCCCAUUACACUUUCAAUCUCAGAGAUCUAUCCAAAGUCUUUCAGGGCAUCCUCAUGGCUGAAGCUAGAAUGAUAGAGGAUAAAGUACAGCUGCUCCACCUGUGGUACCACGAAAGCUGCCGGAUUUUCCAGGACCGCCUGGUGUGUGAUGAGGAUAGAGAGUGGUUCAAAGGGGUCCUGAAAGACUGCAUUGAGGAAUUUGACUGCUGCUUUGAAGAGGUUGUCCCCUGCCAUCCUGUUUUGUACGGAGAUUUCAUGGAUCCCAGAGCUGACCACAAAGGCUAUAAACUCAUAGAUGACAAAGAGAAGUUGGUAAAAGUAAUGGAGGAGUACAUGGAAGACUACAAUCACAUCAGCAUGACCAAGAUGAAACUGGUGCUCUUUAUGGAUGCCAUUGAGCACGUGUGUCGUAUCAGGCGGAUCUUGCGGCAGCCCCUAGGCAAUGCCCUGCUCCUUGGAGUGGGUGGCAGUGGACGCCAGUCACUCACUAAGCUGGCCUCUUAUAUAUCAGAAUAUGAGUGUUUCCAGAUUGAGCUCUCUAAGAACUAUGGCCACACUGAGUGGAGAGAAGAUAUUAAAAACAUCAUGUUCAAGGCAGGCCUCCAGAACCAGCAGAUCACCUUCCUCUUUGUAGACACACAGAUUAAGAGUGAGUUGUUCCUGGAGGAUAUCAACAGCAUUUUGAAUAGCGGUGAUGUGCCCAACCUGUAUGCAUCAGAUGAGCAGGAGCGUAUCCUGAUGGGAAUGAAGCCAGUGGUGCUAGACCUGGGCCACCAGCCAACUAAAGCCAAUCUUAUGGCUGCCUACAUCAGGAGAGUUCGCAGCAAUAUUCACACUGUUCUCUGCAUGAGUCCCAUCGGUGAGGUGUUUCGUGCACGAAUGAGGCAGUUUCCUUCACUGGUGACGUGUUGUACCAUAGACUGGUUCAGCACUUGGCCAGAGGAGGCUCUCCUGGCUGUGGCCACAUCAUUUCUUAGUGAGAUACCUCAAGUGGAAGCAAACCCAACUGCCAUGAGGGGACUGACAACAAUGUGUGUGAGGAUUCACCAGAUGGUGGCCAGGAAGAGUGAACAGUACAUGGCUGAACUCUCUCGACACAAUUAUGUCACACCUAAAAGCUACCUGGAACUGUUCAAAAUCUUCUCAGAUCUCAUUAGACGCAAAAAACAAGAGCUGUCUGGUUCUCGACAACGCAUGAAUACUGGUCUGGAGAAGCUUCUUAGCACUGCUGAAGGUGUGAGUAAAAUGCAAGAGGAGCUGGAGACCAUGAGACCUCUUUUGGAGGAGGCUGCUAAGGACACUAAAGUUACCAUGGAGACCAUUAAAAAAGACACAGUGGUUGCAGAGGAGACCCGUAGGUCAGUGCAAGAAGAGGAGGCAAAAGCUUCAGAGAAGGCCCGUGUUGCAGGAGCCAUUGCAGCAGAUGCUCAGAGAGACUUAGACGAAGCUCUGCCAGCCUUGGAUGCCGCCCUGGCCAGCCUCAAGUCACUCAACAAGAAUGAUGUCACUGAGGUGCGAGCCAUGCAGCGACCUCCUCAAGGUGUAAAGCUGGUUAUUGAAGCAGUGUGCAUUAUGAAAGGCAUCAAACCCAAAAAGGUACCCGGGGAGAAACCUGGCACCAAGGUUGAUGACUACUGGAGCUGGAAGGGUCUGCUCCAGGACCCUGGAAAGUUUCUGGAAAGUCUCUUCAAAUAUGAUAAGGUGUAGUAUUAUGACGAGACCUUAUCAGCCAUAUAUAGAUAUGAGGAAUUUCAGCCAGCUUCCAUUGCCAAGAUUUCCAAGCUUGCACUUCCAUUGCCAGUGGUGCGAGCCAUGCAUGAUUAACUUGUGGCGAAGGCUGGAACUAAAAGGUAAAACUCUCUCCAGGCAGCCCAAGAGACUUAGCAGAACCCAGCGAAUCUGGAUAAAGCCAAAGAGAAACUGGCAGGAGUUGAAGCUGGGAUUGCCACUUUGCAGGCCAAGUACCAGGACUGCCUAGCUAAGAAGGACGAGCUGGACAAUAAGUAUCAACUAUGUGAGGCUCGCCUCGUCCGAGCGACAAGUCUGUUUUAUAUUUCCCAGCUUAUUGGUGGAUUGGCAGAUGAAAAAGUGCGUUGGAGGGACAGUACACAUUUGGAUUACAUGAUCAGUAACGUAGCCGGACAUGCUUCUGUCUGAGUAUAUUGCAUACUGGGACCCUUCACUGGAGAGUACCGAGCAGCCAUGGCUAAAGAAUUGCUGAAAGGUUUCAAAGAGCUGGGUGUUCCACACACUGAUGUACCCAACCUGGUCAGCACUCUGGGAGAUCCAGUGAACAUCCGCACCUGGCAGAUAGCAGGUUUGCCCAAGGACAACCUUUCUGUGGAAAAUGGUGUGAUUUCUCAGUACUCUCUGCACUGGGCCCUCUUCAUUGAUCCUCAGGGACAAGCAAACACAUGGAUUAAAAACAUGGAAAAGGACAGUGGGUUGGAGGUUGUGAAACUCAGUGACCGGGACUUCCUGCGCAGGCUUGAGAAUGCAAUCCGCUUCGGUAAACCCUGCCUCUUAGAGAAUGUGGGGGAAGAACUAGAUCCUGCUCUAGAACCUGUCCUGUUACAACAGACUUUUAAGCAGCAAGGCCAUACUUUACUGAAACUGGGCGAUUCACUCAUCGACUACCACGAGUCUUUCAAGAUGUACCUCACAACCAAGCUGCCCAACCCACACUACUCUCCAGAGUUUUCUGCCAAAGUCACACUCAUAAACUUCACCCUGUCACCCAGUGGUCUACAAGACCAGUUGUUGGGGAUGGUGGUGGCUAAAGAGCAGCAAGACUUGGAGGUUGCAAAGAACCAGCUAAUCACCAGCAAUGCCAAGAUGAAGCAGGAACUGAAAGAAAUUGAGGAUGAGAUACUGUUCCGACUCAGCUCCACAGAAGGCAAUCCUGUGGACAAUGAGGAGCUCAUCCGAGUGUUGGAGGCUUCGAAGAUCAAAGCUGGAGAGAUCAAGGCUAAAGUGAAGGCAGCAGAAAAGACAGAGCAGAACAUUGAUGCUGCCCGUCUGGAGUAUGUCCCUGUGGCUGUGCGUGCACAGAUCCUCUUCUUCUGCGUGUCAGAUCUGUCCAAUGUUGACCCAAUGUACCAGUACUCUCUGGAGUGGUUCCUGGGAAUCUUUUUGUCUGGUAUUGCCAACUCUAGAAGUGCAGACACAGUGGAGGAGAGAAUCUGGAACAUCAAUGAAUAUUUCACCUUCAGCCUCUAUGGUAAUAUAUGUCGCAGCUUGUUUGAGAAACACAAACUGAUGUUUGCCUUUCUCCUGUGCGCUCGCAUCAUGAUGAACGACAAAAAGAUUGACAUGGUCGAGUGGCGCUACCUGUUGUCUGGAGCAAUGCCUGUCCAACAGCUGGCCAACCCAGCAGUAAGCUGGCUGUCAGAACGUGCCUGGCAGGACAUUUUAGGCCUCAGCACUCUGAAAAAUUUUUCUAACCUGGCGCAAAGCUUCCCUGAACAUCUGGAGGGCUUCAAGAAAAUUUUUGACAGUAGCCAGCCUCACAGGGAGCCCCUCCCAGGAGCGUGGGAUGUCAUCCUGGACUCUUUCCAGAAGCUGUUGGUCCUGCGCUGUCUGAGGGCUGACUGCCUCAUUCAAGGCCUGCAGGACUUUGUUGCUGCUGAGUUAGGACAGCGCUUCAUAGAGCCUCAGACAUCAGACCUGUCUGUCGUCUUCGCAGAGUCAUCUUCCUCCACUCCCCUGAUCUUUGUUCUGUCCCUGCACCGACCUGCUGCUGACCUCUACAUUUUGACAUUGACUCCAGAGGCAUCAAGGCCACUACAGAACCUACAUGAGGCUCACUAUGAUUUCUCUCUCUUCACCAAGACAGCAGACUUUAAGUCUUUGCUGCUGUCUCUCUGCCUGUUCCAUGGAAUUGCUUUGGAGAGACGAAAGUUUGGCCCUUUGGGCUUCAACAUUCCCUAUGAGUUCACUGAUGGCGACCUGAACAUUUGUAUCAGCCAGCUCAAAAUGUUCCUGGAUGAGUACCAGGACAUCCCAUACAAGGUUCUAAAAUACACUGCAGGAGAGAUUAAUUAUGGUGGCCGUGUGACAGAUGACUGGGACAGACGAUGUCUGCUCAGUGUGGUGGAGGACUUCUAUUGUCCUGCUGUCCUCAGUAGUGAUCACGUCUACUGUGCAUCUGGAGUCUACCGGCAAAUAGACACAAAACUGGAUAUCAAGGGUUAUUUGGCAUACAUUCGUGGUUUGCCCAUCAAUGACACACCUGAGAUCUUUGGUCUCCAUGACAACGCUAACAUCAGCUUUGCUCAAAAUGAGGCCUUUGGCUUGUUAGAAGCUGUGGUUCGUCUCCAGCCCCGAGCUACAUCUGCUGAGGGCAAAACUCUUGAGGAGAUAGUGGAGGAGAUAGUGGCAGGCAUCGUUGAAAAGAUCCCUCCUCCUUUUGACAUUGAAGAAGUGAUGGGAAAAUACCCGGUGCUCUACGAGGAGUCCAUGAACACUGUGCUCAUCCAGGAGGUCAUCAGAUAUAACAAGCUGCUGGAGGUCAUCUCUCUGAGUCUCAGAGAUAUUGUGAAGGCUUUGAAAGGUUCAGUGGUGAUGUCAUCCGCGCUCGAGCUUAUGGCCCGCAGCUUAUUCAACAAUGCGGUGCCUGAUAUGUGGAAAGCCAAGGCCUACCCAUCUCUGAAGCCUCUGGCCUCCUGGGUGUCAGACCUGCUUCAGAGGAUCAAUUUCCUACAGAGAUGGAUCUCUAACGGCAUUCCACCUGCGUUCUGGAUUAGCGGCUUCUUUUUCCCGCAGGCUUUUCUCACCGGAACCCUCCAGAAUUAUGCCCGUCGCUUCGGCACCUCAAUUGACACGAUUGGAUUUGACUUUGAGGUAUUAGUGAAGUCAGUGUCAGAGAUAACAGAAACACCAGACACAGGCUGCUACAUUCAUGGUCUAUUCCUGGAGGGGGCUCGCUGGGAUAACAAGGCAGGUCAGCUUGCAGAGUCCAGACCCAAGGAGCUCUACACCCAAAUGGCCGUCAUCUGGCUGAUCCCCAAACCCAACCGAAAGCCUCCAGCCUCAGGGAUCUAUGUAUGCCCUAUCUACAAGACACUCACACGAGCUGGGACUCUGUCCACCACCGGCCACUCUAUGAACUAUGUGGUGUCAUUGGAGUUGCCAACACAUCACACCCAGAGGCACUGGGUCAAACGGGGUGUUGCACUCAUCUGUGCACUGGACUAUUGAACGAGAAAUUAGUUAUUAUUAGUUAUUGCUGUUAGUUAUUGGUUAUCUACUUUAAUCUAUCUAAUAAACUGUUCACAAGCAA